GUAUGAUUGCUAAUAUUCCAAGCCUAUUAUCUCUUGAAUGUUUUGCAUGUAAGUACAGGUCAUUACAAAAAAAAAAAAUUGUUAAAUAGUAUAGGAGAUUAAUCGGUACAUUUGAUAAUGCACAUUAAAAACAAAAGUGCCGGGCCGAUAAAAUAGUCAGAACAGUUUUAGCGCUUGAAGUGUAAUAUGCUUGUGCUACUAGGAUGAUGUAAAUUCGUGUUGUCUACUUCCAAACAAAAACAUGUUUCACUUAAAAAAACAUCAGUUAUGCACAAUCUGCAUCACGUGCAUUAGAUCAGUAAAAACAAGAGCAUUAAGUUUAUCGUCUACGAUACAACUACCGGACUAUGCGGACAUUGUAAUAGUAGGUGGUGGUAGUGCAGGCUGUAAUGCACUUUAUCAUUUGGGAAAACGCGGUAUUAAUGCUGUGUUAUUAGAUAAGUCAAAAUUAACAUCUGGCACUACAUGGCACACUGCAGGUCUUAUAUGGAGUAUGCGUAGUCCAAAUGAUGUUGACAUGGAAUUACUAAGUGUUACAAAAUCUGUUCUAAACUCUUUAGAAAAAGAAACUGGAAUAAAUCCUGGGUGGAUAAAGAACGGUGGACUUUACAUUGCUCAUUCCAAUGAACGAUUAACCGAUUAUAAAAGGCUAAUUACCAGCUCCAAAGCUUUUGGCAUCGAAGCACAUCUAAUCUCUCCUCAGGAAGCAACAAAAUUAUUUCCCAUACUUGAUGAAAAUGCUUUUCAAGGAGCCAUUUAUUGUUCAGAAGACGGUGGUGUCGAUCCAACUAUGUUAAUAAAUGCUUUAGUAAAAUCAGCAAAAAAUAAUGGUUGUCAGGUCAUCGAAGAUUGCCCUGUAACGAAAAUACUCCAAAAGGACACCAUUCUGAACAAGAAAAGAGUUUAUGGCGUAGAAACACCGUACGGAACUAUAAAAACAGAUAUUGUUCUUAAUGCUGCUGGAGUUUGGUCCAAAAAUGUUGCAAACAUGGUGCAAGUAGAUAUUCCUUUAACACCAAUGAAACAUGCUUACGUUGUUACAGAACCAAUAGAAGGAUUACAGCAUCUUCCAAAUGUUAGAGAUCCAGAUAGGAAUAUAUACUUUCGAAUUCAGGGUAACUCUUUGGCUGCAGGUGGUUAUGAAAAGAAUCCCAUUUUACUAGAAUCUGUACCCGAACAUUUUUCAUUUCGUCUCUAUGAGUUAGAUUGGGAUAUUUUCAGUACACACCAAAAUUCAAUGACCCAAUUGAUUCCUAAAUUAUCAACAACUGGAAUAAGAACCACAGUAUGCGGUCCAGAAAGUUUCACGCCUGAUCAUAGACCAAUUAUGGGUGAAGAUCCUAAUUGUUCUGGAUUAUUUUAUUCUUGUGGCUAUAAUAGUGCUGGAAUGAUGUUAGGGGGUGGAUGUGGAGAACAAAUUGCACAUUGGAUAAUUAAUGGCCGGCCAAAUAGGUACAUGUUCAACUACGAUAUCAGAAGAUUUAUUCCAGAACAGAGAAACAAUUUAAUUUGGACAAAUGAAAGAUCUCACGAGGCAUACGCAAAAAAUUACAAUAUUGUAUUUCCACAUGAUGAACCAUUAAGUGGCAGAAAUUUUAAGAAAGACCCUUUUCACGAUUUAUUUGUUGAAGAAGGUGCUGUUAUGGAAGAACGUCAAGGUUGGGAGCGACCUGGAUGGUUUUAUAGAAAUAAGAAACUAAAAGUUAUGCCCUAUGAUUAUGGUGGAUAUUGUGAAAUACCAAGAAACGAGAACGACGAAUAUCGCGCGAUAUUAGAAAAAGAGUACAGUUUUCAAUUGUCAUCCUAUGAUAACAUAAUUCGAGAGGAAGCUCUCGCCUGUCGCAAAAAUGCUGCUUUAUUUAACAUGUCCUAUCUUGGAAAAUUUUAUCUGUGCGGGCCAGAAGCACAAAAAACAGCAGAUUAUUUAUUUACGGCAAAUACAAAUUGUGAAUUCAACAAAACAGUUUAUACUUGCAUGCUAAAUAAUGCUGGAGGUGUGGAAAUGGAUUGCACCGUCACAAUUCUAGAACCAGGUUCGAGUGGAAUUGUAAAUCCAAUAUUUAAAGAAAAAGCAUUUUACAUUGUUUCAAGCGGCAUAUCGGCUUAUCAUACGUGGGUUCACAUGAACGAAGUCAUAGAAAGAAAUGGCUUCGACGUAUCUCUACAUGAUGUUACCGAACAAAUUGGAUUACUUUCUGUACAAGGACCAAAUAGCCGAAAGAUAAUAGAAACACUAAUAGAUGAUGAACUCUUAAAUGAAGAUUUCAAAUUGUCAACUACAAAAUUAGUAAAAAUUAAAGGCGAAGUAGUGCGCUUGAUAAGACUCAGUUUUGUUGGUGAACUUGGAUUUGAGUUACACAUUCCAAAAUCAUCCUGCCAAAUAGUGUAUAGAGCUUUAAUGGAAUGUGGCAAGUCAUAUGACAUGAGACUUGCCGGAUACAGAGCACUGUACAGUCUAAGUUGUGAAAAAGGUUAUCAUCUUUGGGGCUCAGAUCUUAGACCAGAUGAUAAUCCUGUGGAAGCUGGAUUAGCAUUUAGUUGUCGUAGUAUUGGUCAGUAUCUAGGAAAAUUAGCAGUUGAUCAAUUACAACAAAAUGGAAUCAAAAGAAGACUGGUCCAUAUUCAUAUGAAUGAUACUGUUCCAAUAUGGGGUAUGGAAGCUAUAUAUAGAGAUAAUUCUUUUGUUGGUUACUUACGAAGAGCAGAACAGGGAUAUAGCUAUGGAAAUACUAUUGGAAUUGGGUAUAUCGAACAUCCAAAUGGAGAAAAUGUGACAAAGGAAUUUCUACAAACUGGUAGUUAUGAGAUUGAAGUAAUGGGAGAACGACAUACAGCAAACCUUUAUCUUCGAAGUCCAUUUGAUCCUCAAAACAAAAGAUUAAUGGGAAUAUAUUGA